AUGGACUUUACGGAACCCUACAGGCACUCGCAGUUCCUGACGCUCUACUCGCCCAAUGGCAAAUACCUCGCCUCAUACCAUCUCGCCGAAGAGGGCUUCACCCGCCUCCAUCCCUCCACACCGAUCCAGCCCCACGAACAAGGAGGCCGAGGAGUGAUCGUCUUUCGCUUUGCCGCAACCAUGCAGGUCAUGCGCGUCAUCGAGAUUCGACUCUUCCGCGACUCACUCCCGACCAUCAACGAGAUUGGCUGGUCGCCCGAUUCCACAAUGCUCCUUGCUGCUUGUCCCAUAACGGGGACUGUGCUUGUCUUUUCAGUCGAGGACGAAGGAUUCAAGGCUACUAUCACUGCACCUGGGAUUGUUUCCGCAGGAAGUUACUCAGGAGGUGGUGGUGGAUCACCGAAUAGUUCUGGAGGAACAGGUCAUAGGGGCGGCAACACUCCAAAAGCUGAGGCAGCGGCAGCCAAGGCGGCGCAGGCACUCAGGGCGUUGGGAUAUACACCUCCAGGAGCGGAGAUCCUGCGCGGGGUUCGGUUCAGCGCUGAUUCUCGACAUGUCCUUAUCUGGGAAGACAACCUCCUACGCCUCUCCAUCUGGUCACUAGAACACCACAACGUCACCAUCCCCACAUACUCCAUCUCGGCCCCACCGCGUUCACCAUCAUCACACGUACAACUGCAUCAGCAACCUGAGCGACAAGUAGGAGCAAAAGUCUUUGGGAUCCAACACCCAAAGGCAAUGUCCAAAUCAUUCGUCACCUCGGCAUCCGUACCACCUUACAGCACUCUGGGGACUACUGCCACUUCAGCAGCAGGACCACAAUCACAAUACGCUCACAGUGUCCGAGGAGACCUUCAAUACUUUGCAAUCGUCGAGCGGCACAAAAAAGAGUGUCGGGAUUACGUCUCGAUCUACGCAACAGAGAACUACUGGAACGGACCACCGAUUCACUCGUUUGGUGUUGCAGAGGGCGAAGGAGGGCUCAAGGAUGUGGAUGGCAUUGUCUGGAGUCCUGACGGGCGAUACUUGGUCCUGUGGGAGAACCCUUAUCUGGGGUUCAAAAUGGCGGCUUACUCAAUGGACGGUCGAUGUGUAGGGUCGUAUGAAGUCAAACCAGAUGGCGAGCACCAACAGCCUACUCAUGGUCAUGGAAGCGGGGGGCUUCCUGGAUUCAGUCAUGGUGGUGGCGGAAUGGGAGUCAAGAGUGUUUGCUGGCAUCCAAAGUCCAAGCUCCUGGCAUUAGGGGGAUACGAUCAAAAGAUCCGGAUCUUGAACCACUUGACAUGGAAACCCAUUUUGGAGUUCAACCACGUCGCUCACGCUCACUAUGGACCAAAGACUGUUCUAUGGCGAGAGUCUGAUUCAACUGUUGCUGUGACGGGAUCUGUACGACAACAAGGAGGCAUCGAAUAUACCAUGGUCAUUGAACACUCAGCGUGGGUGCUUCCGACAAUCCGCAUCGAUACCCAAAAGCCGAAUGCAAAGAUUGGAGUCGGCUGGUGUGAUUUUAACUGCGACGGUACUCUGCUCGCGUCACGGAAUGAGCUGAGACUGAUCGUCAUUAUCCAGCAACAGUCUCCGAUCCGGGUGAUUCGAUGGGACCCUACCACGCCGUCAAGGAUAGUCUGGUGUUGUGGCUCAAAUCGAGUAUAUACCUGGCGGGCAGGCACUUCUGCGACAACAGCAGCAAUAGGUGAUGCUCAACAGCAGCAGUUGGGUGGAUCUGUGGAGGCAGUUGAGGUGCCGGCGGAGAACUUUGUGGUGUCGUCGCUGAAGUGGUGUCCUGAUGGGAAGGGUCUUUUGCUGUUGGACAAGGACAUGUUUUGUAUUGGAUUCCCGAUCGAAGAUGGGGACCAGCACACCAUCCAUGACAACACUGCGUCCAUCUUUCAGCGACUUCGGUAG